CCCAGCCAGACCUAUCUUACUCUUUGUUUUUGGCAUUGUGUAACAUCAGAAGACCAGAGUGACUGCCUGGUUUGCAUCACAGCCGCUCUACAGAAACAAGAACCAUUCAUUUAAAUUGACAGAUAAUUGAUUGAUCCGAGCAGGGCUUGAUGAACAGCGAGUGUGACGCACCAGGAUUUCAAUACCAUCAGAGAGUUGGCCAGUCAAAAUUGUUUGUUUUAGUAGUGUCACAAUGUCUUCAUAAAAAGAAAAGAAAAAAAAAAACAUCCAUGAUGCAACUGGGAAUGAACAACUCAGGGAGCUUGAAAAGCUGAUAAACUUGAACAAUACCAGCGUUCAAAGAGCCAUGCUAGCAGAGGGCUUCAUACGGGUCAUUGGAUACCAGGACAGCAGGUACACAGCCACUCCCAUGAGCCUCCACUGUCAGGAUGGAGGGAAAGACAAACCCAACCAGGAGGAUGCACUGAAAACAGACUUUGUAUUAGCAGAGUUCCCAACGUGUACUGAAGCAACACAAGCAGAGAAAAAUGCAGAGCUUCCUCCGGCACAGAAGUCCACUGAUUCCCUUAAGCAGCCCUCUCCACUAACUCAACGGCUGCAGGUUCCACCUUACAAACAGAAAGUGUCCUGCGCUCGUCCUAUUCCUGCCAGUCCUCAAGACAGCUACAAUGGACUAGAGCUUUACCGUUCCUGGUCUUGCACAAGUAUCUGCAAGAACUAUCCGGACCUCCAGAUCCGAGGGGAUCACGUUGGGAACGUCAGCUCUGUUGGUUCUGGAUUAGCCAUCAGGGAAUACGAGUAUGAGACCUGCAGUGGACCUCUUUUGCAAUCUGGAGACCUGGAAGAUCUGGAGCUGGAACAGUCCACUCCAAACCACCAGGAGGAUGAGCUGUACCAAGAAGAACCAUCGGAUGAAGGCUACUUAGCUCUGGACCGCAGCAUUACUUUGCAGCAGGAGCCCCUCUCCAACUCCAUGCUCAACAGCUAUCUAGAGAAGAAGGUGCUGGAGGUCUACAAGCAAUACCUGGAGGACAGUUUGACCAAGUGUGCCUCCCCCAGUCACACGUUGGCCCAUAGCUUUGUCAUGCAGAACGUCAACCAGAUCAGCAUGCUGAUCUCUCAGGAGAAGAAGAUGGAAACCUCCAAGGUUCGGAGCAUGGUCCUUAAUUACCUGUUCAGCGCCAUCAGCGGGAACAGCUCUGAGUUCAGCACGCCCAAUCUGCACUUCUCAAACCUGGAGCAGAAGAGAUAUCCAGAGUCCUCCAAGAAAAAGACCACGAUCAGCCAUCAAGCCUUGUAGAAACUGAAAUUAACAGUACUUCCCACACAUUACAGAAGUGGAUCUCAAUUCCACCUCUGAAGAACAAUUUGAAAAAUACCAGUGCAUUACCAAAUAGAAACAGUAGCAGAAAAAUAUGGAGACAACAGUAUUAACAUAAAUGGCAACUCAGUGAAUUAAGAACAAAUAUUGCAUAGCGGUCCUGACAUGGCAACAUGAUGUUAGAACCAGCAAUAUAUGAUCAGUGUUAAUUGAUUGGCACAGAAACACUGGCAUGCCAAAAAAUAUAGAAAUGUUAACACUGCUUUCCAGUGUACAUAACAAAAUGCAACACAAUAUCUCAACAAACAAGCGCGUCUAUUUCAAAGAUUCUGAAAUAUUUCUCAUGCUACAAUUAUUCAGUCGCUGCUAAAAAAGAGACACAUGCAACAAGUUUGUUCUUAAGAGCUGGAUUGUAUUUUUAUCAGCAUGACAAGUCUAAGAACAAAAUACUAUGAACAAAUACAGCAAUACAGUUUGUAGUGCAUUCUUUUUAGACCUGUGCUGGUACUGGAAAAGGGAAAAUCAGUGAACACCAAGAUGUUUGUAAAAGUUUUUAACUAGUGCUCAAUCCAAUCAGAGAGCAUACGAUUUAUAAAAUGAAAAGGAAAAAAUGUAUUGUAGGGGGCAAAAUAAGGACUAGGGUUGAGAAACACUGCUGUACCUAUUUAAGCAAAUUACACAAUUACUAUAUUGAUUUUAAACCCUCUGUGUGAAAUGUAAAGAAUCCCAUUAUACUUAUUCCAGAAUUCAGUUAUUAUCAAAAAAUACAGCUGCAGGUAUUUCUAAGUAAAAAUGUUUACUGUGGCACAGUGUUAAAAACUCACUUCUAUAUACUGUGAAGCAUGAAUUUAGUACUGUAUUUGUAAGUCAUUAUAAAGUUAAUUGUUUUAAAAUUCUACAGACAAAGCACAUCUGGAUGUUUGUUUUAUCUGCCAACUCUAUUGUAAAAUUCUCUAUUUCUAUAUGUUUUUGUGACUGUACAUUUCCAGUGCUUGCUUCUAUGAUCUUACUGAAAUUUAAACCAUGUUUAAAAUAAAAUAUCAAUAUGUGAAUAAAUGCUGUGUUUCUGUUUAAA